UUGUUUUCUUGAGUUGCCUCAUUUGAGCUCGCUUCUUUUAAUUUCGGUGGCCCGUAUUCGAUCGCGAGACAGGUUCAUUUACGAGCCUACGGACCAGGAGUUCGGACGGCUCUUUUUUUUCUUUCGAUUCUUUGACGAUUUAAUCAAUUCACAAUGAACGCAUCAGCAUCACUUCGGGCUUCUUUCUACGGGCCAGAUGGGCCGCUCGGUCUACCUCCUCAGAAUGCCCGGGACCCGAGACGACAUACAAUGGCGGGCGAUGUCGAAGCUCUCCGAUGGCGCAAAACUCUAGUUCCGGUUGACUACGCGGAUUACAGCUCAUACUGUCGAGAAAUGAAGGAAACAGCUAGCCAAGAGUCCGUAUUCGAUGUUGAACAAGCCCCCGAGCCACCCUCGAUAAUGGAUCAAAUUGGUCGGAUGUUCACGAUCUGGCCGUAUCGGGAUGCGAAUUGGGUCAUUGCUAUGUUAUUUGUGGUCGGAUCGAUAUCGUUUACGAUCAACGCCUUCUUCGCCUUGCUCUCCGCUUUUAUUCCGGAGACCUUGUUCGACAACGAAAUCGAGUUAGCAAUACCUCUAACAACUCUCUUCGGUGCACUCAUGUUCGUAUCUGGUGGCAAUCUGGCAUUAGUCGCAGGAUGGAACGCCGACAAGGGCACGUUCGAGCCCGUUGAAUACAAGACGGAAGAUGGCAGCACGAAAAUGUAUAAACCAGCAUUGCUUGGCAGCAGCGCCUGGUCUUGGAUACCUACGAUGACCGAUUUUAAAACCGCGAUGCGAACGGUCCCCUUCCAGUCAAGUUUGGUGCAAUUCUUCGGAGGUAUGAUUCUUUCAAUUACCGUCGUGGGUGGUUGGCCAGGUGUCUUAUCGCCCGACGAUAUAAUGGGAUCUCAGCUCUUUCUAUUCGGACCACUGUCAAUUGGAGGAACUAUGUUCUUUCUUGCAAAUCUGAGCCUUCUUAUCUGGCUGCAAGAUCGUUGGUAUAAGCCCAAGCCAGGGUCGGCCGCUUGGCAGGCUACAUUCUGGAGUUCCGUUGGUUCGGCCAAUUUCGCGAUUGCUGGAUUCUCCCUUUUCCUUGAGGAUAUGGGUACUUCGACUAUCGCGUCCUUCAUCGGAUCCUGGACAUUCUUUAUCGGCGCCGUGUUUCAAUGGUAUGAUCUCAUGGCAUUCCAUCCCGAUGGGUGGGCCGCAUGAUGUGGUUGUUAGAGGAGGGCUGAGACGACAUUUCGUUA